CAUGCGACGAGAAAGACUUCUCCUUCCCUCGUAAUAUCUCGGCCGGCUCGCUUGGCUCGCUGUUGGGUCACCACCACAGCGCCAACCACGUCGGAGAAGGCCCCGAGCCCACCGUCACCGACCCGCUCAUCAGCCCCGUCGGAGAACACGAGACGCGGGUGGACAUGGAGAAGGAGAGCCUGCCGAAGGAAGUGGCCUCGCCUGUCCUCUCCGGCGCCAUCACGCGCUCCAAGUCGAAACAUGAGCUGAAGCUCUUGGAGAAGAUCCCGGAUAACGCCGAAGCUACCGUGGUGCUUGUCGGUUGCGUCCAGUUCCUCGACCAGCCGACCAUGGCCUUCGUGCGGUUGAAGGAGGCGGCCCAGUUGGAUGCGGUCUUGGAGGUGCCGGUGCCGGUCCGCUUCCUGUUCGUGCUGUUGGGCCCGAGCAGCGCCAACAUGGACUACCACGAGAUCGGACGCUCCAUCUCCACCCUGAUGUCCGACAAG